AUGGAUUCACACACCUUCCAAGAAUUUCAGAGAGAACUCACAUGCUCCAUUUGCAUGAACUAUUUCUUAGAUCCUGUCACUAUUGACUGUGGGCACAGCUUUUGCCGACCCUGCCUCUGGCUCUGCUGGAAUGAAGCCCAAACGUCAAGGUGUUGCCCCGAGUGCAGGGAAAUAACAGACAAGGCAGACUUCAGCACCAACAUCUUCCUCAAGAAGCUGGCUUCCCUCGCCAGACAGGCCACACCUCGCCCCGACAGCAGCUCUGGGGAGCAGCUCUGCACCGCACACAGGGAGGCAAGGGGGACCUUCUGCGACGUCCACAAGAGCCCGCUCUGUGCGUCCUGCUCUGACUCACCAGAACAUGCAGUUCACAGCCACAGCCCGGUGUCGUGGGUGGCGGAGGAGUACAGGGAGAAACUUCUAAAGAAAAUGGAUCCUUUAUGGGAAAUGACUCAGGAGAUGCAAAAUAAUCUAAAUGAAGAAGUUAGCAAAUCACAAUCGUUUGGGGAGUACGUGAUGUUAAGGAAGAACAUGAUCCAAACUCAAUAUCAGAUGAUGCAUCAAUUUCUCAUUGAGGAAGAGCAAUUUCAACUGGCAACGCUCAACAGAGAAGCAGAAGAAAUUUUACAAGAACUCAGGGACAGUGGAAUCAGAAUGGCCCAGCACAGAGAAGAGUUGAAGGAAAUGUACAGGGAGCUGACUGAGAUGUGCCACAAGCCAAACAUGGAGUUGCUCCAGGACUUAGCAGACACAUUUGAAAGGAUUGAGUUGGUGCAGAGACAGAAGCCUCGGUCAGUGAACCCAGAGCUCCCUUCAUUGCACAUCACUGGAAUCCUGGACAUGCUGAACCAGUUUAGGGUGAAUAAUGGAAUGAUUCAAGGAUGGGCCAAUCGCUAUAUGAGCCUUUCUGAGGAAGUUCGAAAUAGGGUAUUUGGAGAUGGUGGAGCAAGAGAAGAGCCCCAGAGAGUGGAGAGUUAUGCUGCAUGGGGUGUUGAGGCCUUUACCUCUGGCAAGAACUACUGGGAGGUGGAUGUAGAAAACUCCUGCAACUGGAUUUUGGGUGUCUGUAAAGAUUUCACAACAAGUGACAGUUUUGAUUGUGAGAAAGCAAUUUUCCUGUAUUCCUUGAAGAGGAACAACCACUGUAGUCUCUAUACCAACUCCCCACCCUUAACUCAUUAUGUGCAAAGGCCUCAGGGUCGGGUCGGGGUGUUACUGGAUUACGACAAUGCAACCAUGAGCUUCUAUGAUGUUUGCCGAGGUUCCCUCAUAUAUACUUUCUUUUCUUCCUCCUUCACCUCCCCUCUGAAUCCCUUUCUUUUCUUUGGUUCUCCAUAA